UCCUCUCCUGUCUCCUCGUCUACGUCGCCUCUCUCCCUCAGUCCCUCUCUCUCAUCUCAACUACGGUGACGAGAUCCUCCGCCCAAGCCUCACCCGCCUCCCUCAUUCCUACCGCUCGAACCUCACCCGCCUCUCUCCUCUCCGGAUCCUAAAUCAUUUCUUCAUCCGAGCUUAGUACUUACUCCCGUGAAGCCCUGAUCCAAAACCUAGGGUUUCGAAUCAAAAGGUGCGCAGCCGGCGGCGAGGAAUCGAAUCGCGUGAGCAGCCGGCAGCCAACAAUUGGUGUGUUUGGUCCCCCAAUUCGUUUGUCGCUUCUCCCAUUCCAUCUCAAACCCUUAAUCCCCCAAUUCGUGCCCAAUUUCUCGACUGGACUGCUUGAUGCGUCGGCGAGGGGAACGCCUCCUCCCCACUGAUGCGGUGAUGCCUCCUCCUCAUUUCCUCCGCAGGAGGCGAAGGAGGCCCUUCGCGGCGGGCGGCGGCUUGGCCGAGGGCAAUCCGCUAGGUGCCCCCAGCCCGCGCGCUGCGCUGGGCUUCGCAGGCGUGCAGGGAUGCAGAGCCGCAGCCGUAUAACUGCGCGGCCCGAGCGGCCGAGGGGCAGCGUCCCGACCCCAGUCAUUUCUAGUGUGGCAGCUUAUCUUCUCUGCCCUGCUCUUGGGAAGGACGUACUCUGCGAGACAAAUAAUUGGUCGCCUCCUAGUAACUUCUGGUGUGAUUCUCGCUGGUGCAAGGUAUGCCAUUUGAAAACUCUGCUUUAUUUUUCUGGUCUUGUGGCAUAACAUAUUUUUGGAGGAAAAGUUGUAUACGUGCAUUUGGGUCUUUCACUGCUAUCAGCUAUAGUUUUCCACAUAAUAGUUAUUGUAUCCUAUUGAUUCUUCAAAGUGGUUAUUGCCAUGUUUGUAAAUUAUGAUUGAUUUGGCUAUGGCUAUCACAAAACUUGGAUAUUUUAGUGGAGCAAAUGAGGGGCAAUUUCUAUCUGAAGUCCAGUUAAUUUGGCCAGCACUGAUGAUCACAUCGUCAGCAUUUCAAGCUGGUGCGUCUAUUCUGAAGGAGGCUGUUUUCAUAGAUGGUGCAGAACGUCUUAAGGGGAUGCGUCCAGACAUCUUUGUGGUUAAUUCAUUUGGAUCUGGAUUUCAGGCCCUUUUUGUCUUUCUUCUUCUUCCAUUUCUUUCUAACUUGAGGGGAAUCAAGUUUGCUGAGCUUCCUGGUUACCUAAAUGGUGGUGCUGAGUGCUUCUUAAAUAUUGGGGAAAGUUCCAUUGUGGUAGGUAUGGCAUUCGAUCUCACUCCUCAAUUUGGUGAAGAUGUCAUCUGCCCUUGUUGCUUCCCUUACAUCAACUUCAGCAGUGCCAAUAUCAAUCUACAUCCUUUCGCUUCCUUUGCCCUACAUCCCUCAUGGCGCAGAGCUAGGCACGUCUUUCAUCAUUGGUGCUGUGGUGCUGCUGGUGGGUCUGAUUCUGUAUAACCUCCCACAUAGCUGGAGAUACUAGGAGCCUCUUGUCUGCUCCCAUCAUUUGAAGAACAUGAGAACACGAAAGGUCAUUCACUGCUUAAUAUUCAGUAGCUGCUGCCGCGUGGUAGGAGUAGACGAGGAAGAGCAGUGCAUCUGCUUUAGAAGUACCUGCAAAUCAUAAUCCGUAGCUGUAAUUCGUGAGAAAACUAGCAGCAGCAGAUCGCUUUAUUCACUAGCAGUCAAUAUUCAGUAUCCACCUGCUUCAGUACUACCAAGCUAGUGUCCACCUACUUUUGUAGUACCUGCAAAUCUUCUGUCCUAAGAUGAGUUUUCGGCACCCUAUUUUAGGUGUACAUAGUUGCAGAUAAGAAACAUAGUUGCAGUGUUGACAA